AUGGCAAGAUCCAUUGAGAGGGCCACAAGGGAACAGAUUGGUAGCGCAGAAUGGCACAGCCUGAGGAAGAUGAGGCUCACCUCCUCAAGGUUCCGGGAGGUGUGCCAUGUCAGAGGUCACAGCUCUGCUGAGAACCUUGCCGAAUGUAUCCGCAAAGAUGGGGUCGUUUUUUAUCCCACGGAGGCACCACCAUUUGGGCUGGUGGAGGUGAAGUGUCCUAACGUGAAGAGCUACGUGGACUGCGGGUACCUGCGCAUGCAGAAUGGCGCCCUCCGUCUGAAGCCAAGCCAUAGCUACUACUGGCAGGUGCAAGGCCAGCUGCUUAUCACAGGGAUGCAGUGGUUGGACGGUGAUGAGGCCUUAACGCAGGAGGGGGUCCCGCCCCCGCGAGCUGAGGAGCACGCCGCAGGAGCGCCGCGCCCCGAGAGAGCCCUCCGACAGCGGUAUGUCAGAGGUCAACCCGGAGAGGAGGUCCCUGAAGGAGGGGGAGGAGCCAUCGGGGGGGUUGAGAGCGACCAGGAGGAGGAGCAGCAGAACCUCCAAGCCACCGGGAAAGUGGGAGCCAAGAAGCAACGCAAACUGGAGGAGAAGCAAGCGAAGAGCGCCCAGAGAGAGGCCGAGCUGGGGGAGCGGGAGGAGAGGAGGAAGCUGCAGGAGCUGAGAGAACAGGAGCGACGCAAGGAGGAGGAGCGGGAACGGCUGUCGGAGCAGAAGGAGGAGGAAGAGGAGCACCGUCUGAGGGAGGAGGAGAGGAAGAGGGAGGAGGAGGAGUACCUCAAGCCUAAGGCCUCCUUCAUCGUGGAGGAGCAAGGGGAGGCGGAGCCUCUCAGCGUGGACCAGUCACACAACCUGCUGCAAGAGUUCAUCCAAUAUAUAGAGGACUCCAUGGUGGUUCUCCUUGAAGACCUGGCGUCACUCUUCGGGAUGCGAACCCAGGACACCAUUGCCAGACUGCAAGACCUCCUCGCUGAAGGCUCCCUCACAGGUGUGAUUGACGACCAGGGGAAGUUCAUCUCCAUCAGCCCGGAGGAGCUGAGUGCAGUGGCGCGCUUCAUCCAGCAGAGGGGGCGCGUCUCCAUCGCCGAGCCCGCCCAGGCCAGCAACUCCCUCAUCAACCUCACGCCCGUGCUCCGCAACCAGGCCUGACCGCCGCCACAAGAUGGCCGCCGUGGUCACAAUACGGCUGCCGCCGUGGGUCGCUAAUAUGUGGGUUGCUAAUGGAGACGACUGCUUCGUCACUCUUGUGA